AUUUAGAAGUAGAGAACCUAACCGCUCAGUUUAUCUACUCGGGGUUCUCGAAAUCCCGGAUGCAAACUUCUAUUGGAGAAUGGAUAAUUUGUUUCAGUUCUUUUACUGUGUUUAAAGUGAACAUUAAGUGCUAGAAAUGUUGGUCAAAAUGAUGCAUUGACUAAUCAUUUUGUCUUUUGAUAGAUUAAAAUUAACGAAUUUUAGUCGCUCCAUGUAAGGAAAAUGGAUAGUGUGGAAUUGUUGUUUUUCGAUACUUUUUCUCAUGACAUUUCUGAGGAAUUAAACUUAGAUUUGGUGCAAUUCCCCAAGCCAGUUUACAUCAGUGAGGUUAGAAUCAUUCCUCUGGGUGCAAGAGUACAGGCAGACUUUCCAGGAGGUGUCAGAUUGGGAGCGACCAAUCCCUCCCAAUUUGAAAUAGAAUUCUUCGUCAAUGAUCUGAGCAAACCGGGAGCCUCCACUUUCGAGUCCCUGGGCGGCCUAGAGUAUAAGCAAAAUGUCAAUAUACAGUUGGAAUGUGAGAGAAGACAAAUACCCACCGACGGACUGGUCCUCCGUGGUUGGUACACCACGAUAACCUUAGCAGUUUACGGCUCCCUUACAAAGGCUAUUACGAACCCUCCGGAAAUUCCUUCGUCCGCCCAAGCUGCUUCCGUUCCGGUUUCGGAGCAACCAAAGCCCCCAACAACAGUUCAGAAUGAUGAAGGAGUGCAAUCAAACUGGUACUACGAAAACAAUUUGGCUCAGCCUCAGUCAACACCCGAGCCAGAGCUGUCAGGUACUUCUCAAACAAUUCCCCAACCAAUCCAAACGAUAGGGACAAUUCAAAAGACUGCAGAACCCCCAGAGCCUCAACAAUGGACGGAAGAAUCUUCAAAAUCUCUUCCCACCAAUCCAAAAAAACCCGCAUCACCACCGCCAGAUUCCCCAGUCUCCUUGAGUCCAGAAUCAAUAUCAGCAGAAGAAGAAGACGAUGGAGGAGAAGAAGAAGAUGUGGAGGAAACGCAUCAACAACAGCAACAACAACAACAAGUAGAAGAUGAUGAAGGAACUGAAAGGGAGCCUGAAGAAUCAAUAGACCCCGUGGAACCCUUUGAACCAAUUUUAUCUGAUGAAGAACUCAUGAAUGAUGACCUUCCUGGGACUAGCAUGGACUUUCACCCAGAUAUAUCAGCAGAGCUCCAUGUCCUUGAGCCCCCAGAUUUGUUAGAAGUGAUGCCACUUCCUCUACCAUCUGAUUGUUAUAAAUCUGAAUCAGAGGAUACUGAUAGAGUGCACGAGGUUCUCAAAUCGUUUUCAAAAUCCUUCGUUCAUUUGAAUAAUGCGCCAGGUCAGGAGAAAGAAAGCUUCGUUCAUAACUGUGAACUGUUAUGUAUAUACCUGGGGACCGUGUGCAACAUAGAAGAAGAGCAUCUUGAAAAUUUAUCAGAGAUGAUUAAUGCAGGACUGGAUAUGGAAUUAGCAAGAGCUCAGCCUCAACCUGCAUACAAAGUUCGUCAUAUUAAGGUAGGAGUGAGAUUAGCAGAGGCCACUUGCUCUCUUGAAAAAGGUGCCGAAGUUCUUCUUAAGGUGGAUGCCCCAAGGAAACUUUUGACUCUCUGCAUGAGGGAGAACGUCGCCCUUCCUGUAAAACUUGCAGCUAUCAGAGCUCUUGACGCAGCUCUGAUCAGUCCACGAAUCGUCGAUGAUUUCCUCGAUUCUGAGGACAAUCUCUAUAAAAUAACCCUACUAAUGCUAGAUGAGGCAAAACUUGCUAGACUAAAAUAUGCUCUGACUUCUUUGCUUCGGAAAAUCCAUGUGUACGAACUACUUUAUGAAAUUAAACGUACAGGACUGGGGGAAAAUGAAAUAAUUGAGUUGACUCAGGCUUACAGUUGUGCUCCGACACUAAUGGCACAGCCUAAGAGACAGUUACCAGUAAGUAUGCAGAUGGAGUUGGAUCGAGAAGCUGAUAGAAAUCCCCAGAAGCAUCUAAUCUCCUAUUUUAAACAUUAUGAUUUAUUGAAACUGGUGCUGUUCACAUUAGUGUGCCCAGAAUCAUCGCCAAAAUUGAUCAGAGCUGUCCGAAAAUUCCUAAUCCAGUUGACAAAAACGGAGGACGGUCUUCUGUAUCUUUUGGACAAUACGCAAGUGGCGAAAUCGAUUUUAAAAGCUCUCAGAUACAAUCAACCAGGUCUGGGAUCAGAAAUCGCCUGGUGCCUUCAAGUCACUCAGUGUUUAGCUCAUUUGAAGUAUUCCAAAAAUUCAAAAACAAGGGAUCCACUCGACUGGACCAUAAUAAAAAAGCUUCACUCUUUUUUGACAUAUCCAGAAGGUCUACAUGCGAUAAUUUCAGUGGUCCCUAUCGGCUCAUUUAUCGACAUUUUAAUGUCCCUCCUGGGAGACAGAGAUUUAUCGGAAUUUGCUGCUGAAAUCAUCUCCAUGACUAUUAAGUAUUCCAACAGAGUUGAAAUUCUGCAGUCUCGAGCAUCCUCACUCUUAGAUGCUUCAAGAUCACAAGUCAUUCUUCGCGAUAUUAGUUCUCAUCUGAACACCGCUGUGCCCGCAAGCAAUUGGAACUAUAACGAUGUGACCUCUCUAGUGUCAACUAUCCGAAAAUACACGGAUAAAUCCUCAGCACUACCUGGUGAAUUAAUAACAUCCUGUAGAAUUCUAUAUCAUCUAACAUUUCCAUCAAAUGGUGACAUUGAUCCAAUGGAGUCUUACGUCGAGUUAAAACACAGAAAUGUAUUGAGUCAGCUGUUCGCAGCUGAUGGCUUAUCAUCUCUCGUCGCUGUUUUGUCGAAUUUAACAACCUACUAUGAACAACCAUUUCUUCAUCGAGCUACUUUAACCGGUCGGAGAGGGCUAGCAUUGGUUGGCCUAUUGAUAACGUGCGUUAAGCUUAUUCGCGCCCUCCUACAACGUUUAGUGGAGUGUAUGUCCACUGAUUUCAAGAAUCUGACUCCAGUGGCUCCUCUUCUCGAGGUCUACUGCUUAGCCGACGCGAUUCCAGGGUCUCCCCAUUUCGUGAAACUUCUGCAAGAGGAAAUAUCGGAAACCCUUCUAUUAUUCACAAGGGCAGUUGAUUCAGAUGGCACUGGAAAUGUCGCAAAAUCCUUGUGGACUCAGAUGCUGGGAGAAGUAUUGAAAAUGAUCUCCAUGAGGGCCUGCAAUUUCAUGCCAGGACUGAAGUUGCUAUCGAGACUGUUACCACCUACUUUGGGUAAAGAUUAUAACCAUGAGAAGGACAUGGCUAGGGCUCUAGGGCUGAGAAAACUCUGGUCUGCUCAUCUUCAAGCUCAAGCUGGUAAUCUAACGGAGACAUUGAGGCUCUUAUGCGCCUCCUGGAAUGAACCUCUUUUAACUCUCCUGUCGACGGUCUGCAAACAACUCAGUGAUUUAGCAGCACCGACGGCUUUACUCGUGGGAAGAUGUUUGUUGGAUAGAAUUUUGGCAGCGGCACCUUUGGAGAAUAACAUACCAACAUUGGCUUUCCUCAACGAUCUUACACUUCACCCUCCUGUGAAGGCUACCCUACUUACAUUAUUGAGCCCAACAUCACGAGCUCAAGUAAAGUCUGAUCAAAAAUAUCCACCAGUGGUUGAGAUGAUGUGUACAACAUUAAAAAAUAUUCAUGAUGUGAAUGUCCAAUCAGAAAUUCUCGGAAUUUUUUAUACUCUUUGUGAUGAUAAUUUAACUCUGGUGAACAGUAGCAGCACUGAACCCCUGGAGAUAAAAUUAACGCAUUCUGUGCCCAGUAAGGAACCCUUGAUUUCAAUUUUGACUGCACUGAUUGAUAUUUUGGGAAAUGCUGCAAAAAAUUCAGAAAUUAUUUUAGAAAUGACACUCCGCAUUUUACUAUCCCUUACAAAACAUAAUUAUGGACUCUAUCACGUGAAAAGUUGCUUGGAGAAUAAUCCAGGUGCUCUGAAGGCGUUUUUAGACCACGUGGGAUCUCUCGAUGAUAAGCAAGCAAACGAAGCUGAUACUAGUUCACCGUUAAUGAUACUGACUGUGUCGUUCUUGGAGAGUUUAAUUGCGUGUGGAAAGUCAUGUGAUAGGUCUCUUUUCCUGCGACACUUCCAAUUGGCAACAUUGAUCGUGUGGGAAAAGGGUGUAUCUCAUCCACUGGAGAAGAUUCAAGGAACUGAGGAAUUGGUGAGUGAUUUGAGAGCAGCGCUGGAGGGAAGAGACGAGAAGGAACCGAUACCAGAAAUGUUGGAGCCUCUAUUACCCACUCCCGAGGCUCUACUCAAUCAAUUUUCCCAGAGAUCAGUAAAGAGGCCAGCGAGCUUGUCACCAGUGAGGUGUAGAAAGCAUCACUGUAGUUCACCAAUGACGUCUGAAUCAAUUUCAGUGGAUUUGAUAUCUUUGGCAGCAGAAUUGUUGCCUGCGGACUUCAAUUUACUAACUGAAGCUCAACUCUUAUGCUCAAAGGCUCCAUUGCCCGAUUCUAUGGAACCCUUACAGGGCAAAGGGCGGGGGAAUGUCCCGAAGGAUAUGCAGAGAUUUGCAAAUUUCCCGAUUAACAAAACUAAACAACCAUUCGUAACUCCCAUGAGAGGAAGAGCCCAAUUUGUCUCAUCCCGGGGAGGCCUGUCGUCUGGUGCAGUUGGAGGCAGGGGUGCCGAUCCCUUCAGGUCGAGACCUCCAAACACUUCAAGGCCUCCAUCAUUGCAUGUCGAUGAUUUCGUAGCCCUUGAGACGUGCGGCGCACAACCCACUGGGCCCACUGGAUAUAAUAAACUAAGUAUUAGAGGUACUGGUCCCCCCAGGGGUGUAAUCGCUAGCAGCAGGUGUCGCACGUGGGUUGCUGAACCUCGGCCACCCUAUCUUAGAUAACAUGGCUUUUUUAUGUACAAUGAUUUAUGUGUUUAAAAUCAAGUCCAUUGCUACACUGUAAAUAUUGAAAUAAAUUUUUUUUUAUAUA